AUGGCCAACCUAUUUUUCAGAGCUCUCCUCCAUGGAAAAGCCUUAGCUACAAUGACAUAUGGCUAUCGUAGCCUUGGAGGUCUCGCAAUCGACACCUUCAUUCGAAACCAGUACGGCGGCCACUUCCAAUACCUCACCAUACAAGGCUUAGCCGUGGCGUGGUUGACCAUGGUCGCGAGCUUAUUCAGUGACCUCUUCCCAUCUAUUAGGGCUGCCCGCUCGAUAAAACGAUAUCUGAUGAUUAUGGCAAUGCCCCUCGCCGUGGUCAUCUCAUCUAUCUAUUGGACACUUCUGGUCUUCUUUCCGGCGCUUAUUAUCCAGAAGAAUCUUUCAGGCCCCUCGGGGGCUGUGCCAUCUUCAUCCACCAAUGCAACUCCCGAGUUUCGUUUGCCUCUGACUAUUGACCUGGCUCUCCAUGCUGCUCCGGCCUUGUCCAUCAUCUUGGACUUCUUCGUCUUCGAGAGGAAAUAUAAUAAGAACGAAGUCGAGGCUGGAGCUCCAGUUGCUAUAUCAUUGUACGCUUUGGGAUACACGCUUUGGGUCGAGCAUUGCGCCCAGAAGAAUGACGGAAUUUUCCCCUACCCGUUUCUGACGGAAAGCACCCUUCCCAUUCGCAUUGGAAUCUACGUUGGUGCUGCUGGACUGGCCACUGUAUCCUUCAAGUUAUUUAACAGUCUACACUCUUAG